UCUUCCGAAUCCGAAGAAGGAGAAAAGCUCUAAACGAUUCGUUUCUCUCUCGUACACAGCUGCGAUAAUGCCUUUCAAGCGGUACGUAGAGAUUGGGAGAGUUGCUCUCGUAAACUACGGGAAGGAAUAUGGCAAGCUCGUUGUGAUAGUAGACGUUAUCGACCAGAACCGGGCUCUUGUAGAUGCUCCUGACAUGGUGAGAAGCCAAAUGAAUUUCAAGAGGCUCUCACUGACAGAUAUUAAGAUCGACAUCAAGAGAAUCCCGAAGAAGAACACCCUGAUUGCUGCUAUGGAGGCUGCAGAUGUCAAGAACAAGUGGGAGAAAAGUUCAUGGGGCAGGAAGCUGAUUGUUCAAAAGAGAAGGGCCUCUCUUAACGAUUUUGACAGGUUCAAAAUCAUGCUAGCAAAGAUCAAGAGGGGUGGAGCUAUCAGGCAAGAACUUGCAAAGCUGAAAAAAGAGAGUGCUUGAGUAGAAUUGAUGUGGACAAA